AUGGAAGUUGCUGGCGAGCUGGUUCUGCGCUGGAGCAGUCUGAUCUGCGAUGCGUGGACUGAGCUUAGUCACGACCUCACCGUCAGCGAUGCUUGGCUUUUGUUAGUUCCCUGGGCUUUCUCGCCCUUGACAGUCUGCUCAGAGGAUGAAGACGUGGCUGCCGGAGUUUCUUUUGGCCGGAAUCCAUGUGCAGAAGUCCUCCAGGCUUUGAUGCUUCUGUCGGGAGAUGGGCAACCCUGGCUGCGCGCAGAGCAGGUCCACAGGCACUUCUCCGCAGAGUCUCGAGCGCAGGUGGAUGAGGUUUUGUCUGCGCUGGCAAGUAUCGGAGGCGUUGACAGACACUGCGAUGGAUGUGUCCGCUUGUGCUCUGCACCAGCCGCUGCACCAGCCGCUGCUUCGAGUGACCUUGCGCCGGUGACAGCAUCUCGAUGGCAGAUGUUUAUCGCUCGAUCAAAGGCUGCACAGCAGGCAGCUGAUGCCGCAGACGCUUUGUCCAAUGUGUCGGACCCAGUGGAAGACGUGGAGGAGGAUGUUCCUUUACAAGACGUGCGUGCCUCUGAGAAGGAGCAGGAGGUGCCAUCCUCUUCUUCAACGGCGCCACACUUCCGGCAAGGCUUCUGGGCGAAAGCUGCCAAGGGUACCCUUCGUGCUGCAAAAUGGGGCCGGUGUGGCCGCUGCUUGCAUCCACUGCGUUUUUACAUCUUCCAGGGUGGCAGAACUCCAGGCAGGCCUGCGCUUGUUUGCUCGAAGUGGUUCACUGGAGGUUCUGCUGACGAGUCGAGAUGUUGGUUCCAGAAGCCUUUUCCGCCCGACCGGUUCGAUGAUCUGACAGCAUCCGAGAAGGAAUGGUGUAAAGACAUCCGUGUUCAGCUGCAAGGCGUGCUUUUCAGUUUGUACAAACGGCAGCAGCACUCCCUUCUGCGUGAGCAACGGAAAAGGAAGCCGAUUGUAAGUGCUGACUUGGAGAGACUUCGCGAAGCCACGCUUCGCGUGACGCAGCUGUUGCGGGCCACGGACGAUGACGAUGUCCUCACUGUUCUGGCGCUUCUGCUGGAUAUUUUGCAGACGUUGAUUUGCAAUGACGACUGGCUGAUGCUCGAGCUUCACCAGGUCGUUCGCCCUGCGAGCCUUAGCUACGCCGGGCCUGCGAAAGACAAGCAGAAGCAGAGACAGCUGGCACCUCUCAGAAGGUUGUCACAGUUGUCUUACGAAGAGAUCGUGCAGAUGCCUGAGAAGACCGCUGCAGCUUGGUUGACGAAGCACAACGUCUUCGGCCAAAAGAAGAACAGCCUGAAGAUUCCUCAGGAUGCUGCGGCCCAUUUGUUGGCCCGAAGUCAUGAGAGCACCGACAAGCACUAUGCUCUGAUACGGCAUGCCCUUGCUUUCAAGCAGAUGGCGAAGAAUGCAGCCACGACCUUCAAGCCAGGUGUCCUGGAGUGGGACGGCACCAGAACCACUUCGAGGAAAAGAAAGACUCCAGAUGGCAAAGUCUCAGAGCACCGUGGGCGAUUGCUCAUAGGAGCUCACCGCUCCGGCCCGCAGUCUGUGGUGUACCCGCUUCCCAACAAGCACUGCAAAGCCGGCUCGCCUGGUCCGCCGGAAUCCUACGACGAGGUCAUCGGCAUCAUUUCCAAGAAGGUUCCCAAGGGUGACCACGCCAUCGCCAGCGAUGCUGGCACAGGCCUCCAAAAGGCAUGGCGAGCUCUCGGAAUGGUGUCGGCGACAGCCAGACACAAUAGAGCAGAAUACACCCCCGUGACGAAGGUCCCGAGAAAACAACUGGGUUCGCAUGCUCUCUCAAACUUGAGUUUUGGCAACCGGGCGAAGAUCACUGCCAGAAAGGUCACAAUGGUGGGAGGCGACCAACGUGCAGAAUCUCUGGCCGGGACGAUCAAAAAGGCUCUGCGGAGAACCAACAAGCUCGGACAGAAAUGCCUGAGCAAAGAUCGCGACCACGUUGAUGCCCUGGCGUCCUUCCAGCUGAACCAAGAGCCUGGAUUGCAAAGUGUGAUCGAUGCUGUGGUUGCUUACAGAGCUUUCUGUGAAGACAAAGUCUCUCCCGCUGUGGCCUGGACAGACACGUCCUGGCUAGGCCUCGCACAGUGA